AUGGCAUAUCUCCCGUCACUGCUGCACGCCUUGUGCAGUGUCGUGCUUUUCCUGGCAUGUGCUGAGGCGCUGAAAUUCGAUAUCGACGCUACGAGUAGAAACGAUAGGAGCCGUGUGCGAUGCAUCCGGAAUUUCGUUGCAAGGGAUACGUUGGUGGUCGUAACAGCUACUGUGGAUGGAUAUAAAGGAGAUGGCAUGAAGGUUGAUAUGGAAAUCAAAGACGCUGUUGGAAAUGAGUAUGGCCGGCCAAGGGAUGUGGUGGGCGAGCAAAGAAUGGCAUUUACAUCUCAUGCCGAUUCAUAUUUUGACGUCUGCUUUGAGAACCACUUUACUGGCUCCACGGGCGUCUCCAACCCAGUCAGACAGGUAGAACUCGACAUUGAUAUCGGCGCAGACGCAAAGGAUUGGUCUGCCGUUCAGGCCACCGAGAAGCUCAAACCUGUUGAAACAGAAUUACGACGCAUUGAGGAGAUGGUGCAGGAAAUCGUGGCUGAAAUGGACUACCUCCGGAGCCGUGAGCAGAAGCUGCGGGAUACCAAUGAGAGCACCAACAACCGGGUCAGGUGGUUUGCGUUUGGAACUAUGGGCAUGCUAGUUGCUUUGGGAGCUUGGCAAAUUAUAUAUUUGCGGGCGUACUUCAGAUCGAAACAUCUCAUCUAA